CUGCUUUCCUGCAGCGACUGUCUCGUGAUGACGGCCAAAGGAAAUCACACCCCCAGCCCUGAAUUUGUUCUCUUGGGGUUCUCGGAGCGGGACCUCCAGGCUGUCCUCUUCAUGGUCUUCUUGGUGAUCUACGUGAUCACUCUGCUGGGGAACCUGGGGAUGCUGGUGUUAACCAGGCUGGACCCCCAGCUCCACACCCCCAUGUACUUCUUCCUGAGCAGCCUGUCCUGCCUGGACAUCUGCUACUCCUCCUCCAUCACCCCCAGGCUGCUCUCAGACCUCCUGGCAGAGAGGAAGGUCGUUUCUUACUCCGCCUGCAUGGCACAAUUUUAUUUCUACGCCGUCUUCGCCACCACCCAGUGCUACCUCUUGGCCGCGAUGGCGUACGACCGCUACGUGGCCGUCUGCAGCCCCCUGCUCUACACCGUCUCCAUGUCCAGCAGGGUUUGUGCGCUGCUGGUAGCUGGCUCGUACCUUGCUGGGGUCACAAAUGCCACCAUCCACACGGGGUUUGCGCUUCGGCUGUCCUUCUGCGGUCCCAACAUCAUCAACCACUUCUACUGCGAGGGGCCCCCGCUUUACGCCAUCUCUUGCACAGACCCCACCGCCAACGAGAUGAUGAUGUUCGUUGUGGUUGGCUUCAACCUGCUGGUCACCAUCCUGACCAUCCUCAUCUCCUACGCCUACAUCCUGGCCACCAUCCUGAGGAUGCACUCGGCCACGGGCAAGCGCAAAGCCUUCUUCACCUGCACGUCCCACCUGACCGCCGUGACCCUCUUCUUCGGUUCUGCCGCGUCCAUGUACUCGCGACCCAUCUCCAGGCGCUCCCAGGACCUCGAUAAAGUGGCCUCUGUGUUUUACACGGUGCUGACCCCCAUGCUCAACCCCCUCAUCUACAGCCUGAGGAACCAGGAGGUGAAGAAGGCGCUGGGGAGAGUGAUGGAGAGGAAAUGUUCCUCUCGAAAAUAG